AUGUCGGGCGUCAUUCCGAAAAUCUUGACCUAUGUUUCAUUUCAUAAAACCCAAAAACUAAUGGAACCGAAAGACGAAGAGUUGGAUGCAUUGCCAUUCCUUCUUUCUACUGGCCGUCGAAAGAAAGAAAAGCAAGAUUAUCUCACAGUUAUUGGCUUACACCUUCUCGUCUUUAUUCUAUAUUCCUUGGCGAUUUUCUUAUAUUUGAAUUCUCACACUUCUCAGGGUAGAAGUUCUCUAAUCGAAAUGAGCUUCGAUCAAGAAGAACUCUUGGUAAAUCAACAGUACUUUGAGCUUGCUGAGUUCAGUGUCUACGCUGGGGCGCCCAGUAGAGACUUGGAUAAUGCGUGGCAAGAAUUACUCUCCGGGAUAAAUAUUCGAGUUUCGCAGAGGGAGCUUGAGAGGACGAAUCAGACAUCUGUUACAUUAUUGAAUGGUCAAGACCAUCUCGCAUGGCUUGAAGCUUUUCAUCAGCUUCACUGUGUAAAGUUCGUAAGGCAGGCUAUAUACCGCAAGCACUAUUUUCCCGAUGUUUCGGGAGACAAGGAAACCCACUGGCUCUUGCAUGCAGAUCACUGUGUCGAACUUUUACGACAAGCAAUUAUGUGUCAUGCAGACACAACAUUGAUGACAUUUGAAUGGAGCUCAAAGAGUGAUAAACCGAUGCUGAAAUUAGAGGGACCGAAACAUACAUGUGUUAAUUGGGAAGAUCUUCGGCUUAAGGUACAGCGACGGAUAGUUGACGAUCAAGAAAUGAGCAGCCUCAAAAAUCCGUCUUUCUUAGGGGAAAUUUGA